CUGCUCUUCGGUAAUCCCAGCUCCUCGGUAUACGUCUCACCUGGAUACUUAUACCCUUGACAUACUUCUUUUUCUUCUGAAUAUCUUACAUUCUACAUGGAAUGAAGCGGUCAUCCCGACACUUUGGACCGAUCAACGAAGCAUUCGCCAUCGCAUUCCUGCGCCACUUUACAUAAAUCGAAAGCCAUGUCUCCCCAGGACACGCCCGGUCGCCCAGGCGAAGACAGGCCCGAAGGGAUUUUCAAGUACUUCAGGCGCAUGAAGAGUGUCUUGCGCCCUCGAUCAACUUCAAAGCAUCAAUCUCUAAGCGUACCUGAUGUGGCGGCCGCAACCCAAAUAACCGCACCAGCACCAGCACCAAAACUAUUGCAGCAACCCAGUAUACCAGAGCAACUCACUGUGCCCGACUACAACGCCAUGCAGCGCCAAAAGGCCCACGCCAUCUUCGCCAAAUACAAUCUAAGCUUCGAACCCACCGGAGAGAAAUCAUCCACCGAUCACCAAUUUGCCCGAGUAGCCAAGCCAAUUCGCAUGCGAGUGCGCCGCGCCUGUCACCGCUGCGAAACCACCUUCGGUCCCGAGAAAGUCUGCGUCAAUUGCCAGCACCUCCGAUGCAAGAAAUGCCCCCGUCUUUCACCAGCCCAUGCCCAAGACGAAGAGCCAUCAUUUUCCAAAAUGAGACUCCAUGAGCUUCGCGCAAAACAGCGUGGCAUGCUUCAUCUCACGCCCCAUCUCAAGUUGAGCGGCAACCCAGCCUGUCCGCUAUCAAUGACUUCCAAUAUGGGAGGACCGGACUUUACGCGCAAAGCAGUGCGCCAGCGAGUUCGACGAGACUGCCAUCUAUGCGGGACUAUGUUUGCCAGGGGCUCGAAACAAUGUGACGGUUGUCACCAUCUUCGCUGCAAGAGCUGUCCCCGACAGCCCGCCAAACUUGAUAAAUACCCAGACGGGUAUCCUGGUGAUGUUGAACCACCGAAAGCUGCGCCAGAUCGCACAUUUAAGAAGCCUCGUCGACGGGUUCAUUACGUCUGUCAUGUCUGUACCACCUCUUACAAUGAAGAUGCGCGUGUUUGCGUGAAGUGUGGUCAGACGAAAUGCGAUGAGACUAUUCGAAUUCCACCUAAAAAAAUCAAACGAGAACCUGAUCCUGCAGUUAUUCGGAGCCUAGAAGAGAAGUUGGCUACUAUGGUAAUAACAGCAAACCCAAUUACAUGAUCAAAACAUACGUUAUGGUAUUUCACAGGACAGCCUGUUUUUCCAAAUGAUUUGUAUUUCAAGUUCGUUAUAUUCACUCGACCUAUCUCUAUUUCUUCCAGUGUUUUUCAGACCAAAGAAACAGAUAUCGAAACAUACGAAUGACUUUGACACCAUAAAUGAAAUUUACCCCUCCUC